GACAAGGCCGAGUCAUGGUGCACUACCUACAACCAACACCAAAUGCCAUCAUUAAUGAUCCAGAUCCUAUAGAUAUCCAUAAGCUGGAACCAAGUGUUAAAGCAAAACCGAUGAUAGAGUCUAUGAAAAGGGGUGAAAGUGGCAAUACAAGUUUCAGCUCUUUACGGACUAUAUCUAGAGGGAUUCUGGAAUACGAAGGGAUAGAGGCCAGACUAGUGGACGCAGACUAUAGCUGGACAAAGGUUCCAGGUACAAACUUUUCGUUGUGUGUUGUCAUUGGAAAAAAUGAUCAGCAAUCUCGACUGAAGCCAGGACAACAAGCAUUAUCAAAGAGUGGCGUAUUCUACUAUCACAGACUAGACCUGAACGGCCAAAGCACACAGAAAUGUAGACAGUAUGAAAGAUAUGCCACUAAAGAAAAGUCGAUGGUAAUGCUGUCUCCUCAUACUUUUGAUAAACCUUACGAAUACCUGUAUAAGACUGAAACACAAGCAACGGUUCUAGGGUACUCCAAUUAUUUGAACGGUAUUCACAGCCAGCAAACUGAAAAUGAGCUGAAAUUGAAAGAAAAUGUAAAGAGCAGCGUACAAGCUACUUAUAAAGCAGAAGAAUUUUGGACAAAAAACCCAGACCAGUCACAAUUUGUGAUAUGGCGUUACUUAGGAACAAGAGAUGGUCAUGUGAGAGUAUAUCCUGCGGUGGAAAUUAGGAAGGAUUACGAUCCUUUCAUGAGGCCGUGGUGGAGAAGAACAUUGGCACAGAAAGGCAAAUAUGUAGUGAUAUCGCCCUACGUUGACAACUGGGGAGCUGGCAUUGUGGUGACACAGUGCAAAGCCAUUUACGAAGGAAGGGCUGAUGGUCAGCACUCUGUGGACAAUAUCGUUGAUGUGGUUCAGUGCAUUGAUUAUCCAUACCCCUACUUCAGCAGGAUGUUUUUGAAUAAUUACCCAGAAUGCACAAAUCCUGAAUACAGCUGCAUGGUGAUCGACAUAAGUGGUUUCCUUGUUAUUUACCCAAGUUUCUCGUAUGUUGUGGACGAACCUGAUAUUGAACGAAAGCAUUUGGGAGUUAAGGAGAGAAAAAUAAUGGAUGAUCUGUUAAAUAAUAAUAUUAUUGAGAGGGAGAGUUGUCUGGACAUAGAAAAUAAGCAACAAUUAUUCUCAUAUAGGGUACAACUUUCGGAUACAGAUGACCCAGUUGACAAACUGUCAAAAACAGGAUAUAAAAUUGCACCUGUCCUUAACAGCAACGUAUAUAUCAUCAUUAAAAAGAAUGAUCUCAUCAGUGGAACAUGUUGUCAGAAUUCGAAAACAUCGCCGCUAGAAUAUACUUGUACCAAUAGUGGAUCAGAUUGCUGCCUUUGCCAUAAAAUCGUGCCUUAUGAUACCUGCCAAGAAAAAACAACAUCCGGAGAGACAUACCACGCUUGCAGUGCUAGAUUACCAGAUUCAAACGUCAAAGUUCCAUCAGAAUUGGACAAAAUAAAAGAGCUAGGCUUGACACCUUGCUUUGAUGCUGGCUGUAAUGCUCGAGAUGAGAAAAAUUGCUACCAAGUAGCAGGAUGCAGCUGGUGUGUUCAAAACGAAAAUGGUAGCCAGUUUUCUGAACAUGAGAGAUGCUGCAAUAUCAUCGAGACUUGCCCAUUUGGGAAAGUUAAGAGUAAAAAAAAAACACAAUGUCUUGCUUCAUCAAUCCCAAUCAGUUCAGAACAGACAGAUGAAAUACCAAUAAUAGCCGGAAGUGCAGGAGGCGCAGCAGCUGUAAUUAUGAUCAUACUGAUCAUAAUCAUUGUGGUGGUCGUCUCCAAACGAAAUAAAAAAGACGACAAGAAGGCAACAUAUCUUACGGUGGUUACUGAUAAUCCUGGCUUCAGCUCGGCUGGGGAAAAUAGAUCAGAAAGUGAGAGUUCAAUUAACUACCUCAGAGGAGAGGACGAAGGUUCCCAUCAAGGUAACCAGUAUAUUGGAAUGCAGAGUUCUGACGAUGGAAGUUGUACAGCACAAUUAGGUGACAACCCGAAGAAACCAGGCGCCUUUUCUGCAGGCAGUAAAUACAGAAGAUUAUUCAGAUAUUCAGGGAUGGCUUUGAUUUUAUAUCUUGCCUUGGUCUUCCAAUUGUCAGUGAGAGUUGUGACAGAAGACAUCAACUCCUUGACAGGUCUCAAAUUUUCACAGGAACUUAAAGUAAUCGAAGAAAAGGGAAUAUGUGCUCCAAGUCUACAGAAGUACUACGAUACCUUACUUUACGACAGAUCAAAAGAUACGGCUGCAAUAAUAUCUCAAAAUAUGGCCGAAAAACUAAAAGAAACAUUUAAAAUCUUAACAGACCAACUUAAAGAACUAAAACAGGUUAUAGCAGAAGAAUACCGUAAUUUUGCUCAUACUGAUACUGGAGUUUUUCCAGAAUGUUGCAAAGUGGGCGGAAUUUACAAUCCAAAGUUCAGAACAAAGAUUUUGGAGAACGAGGCCUGUAUAUCAAAAUCCUUAACAUCAAACCAAUUUCCAAGCGAAGGAAUUAAAACCAAAAUGGGAGAGAAUUACAGCUUGAAUCCUAAUAUGCUUUGGCAGUACUUUGCUGGAAGUGACGGGACCUUCCUUAUCUACCCCGCACAUUCUCAGAGCAAGAAAUGUGACUCAUACGAUCCGAGAUUUAAGCAUUAUUACGUAGCUUCGGUGACAAACAAACCAAAAGAUGUGGUUGUCGCAGUUGACGUCUCGGAAGUUACUGGAACAAAACGUAGUAACUACAAUGCUCACUCACUGUUAUUUGUGGCACGCGAGGCUGUGCAGAACGUUAUCAAUACCUUGAGUCCCAAUGAUAGGAUUGGGUUAGUGGCAUUCAGUGAUAAAGUCAGCACCCCAGCAUUGUGCAAUGGCACAAAAUUAGCCUGGGCAACAACUGAAAACAAACAUGCACUAAAUAGCUUCACCAAUUUAUGGACAACUGACAAGCAUCCCCAUUACGACCAGGGAAUCCGGACAGCCUUCUCAUUUUUUGAUAGUAAUGCCAUGAAAACAACUGGGAAUGAAAGAGACUCUGUUAUUUUGUUUUUGGCUGCUGACGAUAAUGCAGGAAAUGACCCGGUGGAUGUCAUCAAAGCUGAGAACGAGGCUCGGAAUAAUUCGGUCAUGAUUCUUACAUAUUCAUUUGGACGAGGUUUGAGUAACCAUUCAAAAGGUCUUCUGUCUGAUAUGAGUAAACAAGUCAAGAAUGAUCGAUCAUUUGGAUCAGUUAAGGAGGGAAUUUAUCAUGAUCAUGAUUUAAAAAAUGAUUCAUUGCUUCGUAUUGUCAUGGCUUCAUAUUAUAAAGAUCUCUUCUGCACUAAUCUGGGGAAUGAUCCCAUAUUUUCCUUGCCAUAUGUUGAUGAACGAUCAAAUAAAACAGCUUUAAUAACAUCUUUAUGUCUCCCUGUGGACAAUUUCGGGUUGACAGUAGGAGUCACGUGUACAGAUGUUCUUUUGGACGAAUUACUUACUGAUAAUACAAAUUUCAAGCAAGGAGAACUCUCAUACGCUUUCAUGAUAGAUGGACAAGGCCGAGUAAUGGUGCACUACCUACAACCGAAACCAAAUGAUCCAGAUCCUAUAGAUAUUCGCCAACUCGAGCAGAGUCCUGAUGCAAAAUCAAUGAUUGAGUCAAUGAAAAGGGGUGAGACUGGGAGUAAAACCUUUAGUUAUACAAGAACAAUAUCUAGAGGGGUACUGGAAUACGACGGAAUCGAGACAAGGGUAGUGGAAGCAGAUUACAGCUGGAGGAAGGAUGAUGUCAAAAGCAGCGUUCAAGCAACUUAUAUGGCGGAGGAAUUCUGGAAACAGAACCAGGACCAAUCACAGUUUGUAAAAUGGCGUUACUUGGCAACUAGAGAUGGACAUCUGAGGGUCUAUCCAGCGAUUGAAAUUUCCCAGGACUAUGAUCCUUUUACUAGGAAUUGGUGGAGAAAAACAGUGGCCCAAAAAGGCAAAAAUGUUGUGAUUUCUCCCUAUAUAGAUAACUGGGGAGCUGGCUUUGUUGUGUCACAAUGUAAAGCAAUAUUUGAAGGAAGAGCGAAUGGUCUGCACUGUGCCGAUGAUAUUGUAGAUGUAGUUGUGUGCACCGAUUACUCGUGUGAAUAUUUCAGCAACAUGUUUUUGCAGAGCUACCCAUUAUGCCAAAAAAGACCGGACAGAUGUAUGGUGAUAGAUACCAGUGGAUUUCUUGUAAUAUAUGACAGUUUCGGGAAUUUACAGGAUCAGAAAUUUACAAGAAAACAUUUAGGAGAAAACAAAGAACACAUAAUGGAGGAUCUGCUAAAAGAUGGGAAUAUUGUGAAAGAAAGUUGUUUGAUUAUAGAAGAUAAAAUGCAGAUGGUUUCUUAUCGGGCAAGUACAAAGUAAAGCUGUUGGAUACAGAUGACCCAGUUAAUAAACUGUCCUCGGUGGGGUUUAUGAUUGCUCCAGUCCUCAAUAGUAAUUUGUAUAUCAUCAUUACGGACGACGAGCGCUCUGGGAGUUGUUGUCAGAAUUCAGACAAAUCGCCUCUGGUACAUGCCUGUAGUACCAGCGAAUCAGACUGUUGUCUGUGUCAUAAGAUCGUCCCUUAUGAUGCAUGUGAGGAUAAAACUACGUUAGGGGAUAAUUACCAAGUCUGUAGUGUCAGGGUGUCAGAUUCAAACGUCAAAGUUCCAGAGGAAUCAGAAAGGAUAAAAGAGCUAGAACCGUGUUUUGCCGAUCAUUUUAAUACCGAAACAAGUCAGUCGAAUUGCUCUGCAUCUUUGAAAGAUUACAGCUCGACAGAUUCAAAUGAAGUGGGGACUAUAGUAGGAAGUGUAAUAGGAGUGGUUUUGUUGAUUGUCAUUUUAUCUGCAUUAGUUGUCAUCAUCUAUCGAAAACGAAGAAACGACGAGGAGGAUACCUAUAUAGAUCCAACCCCCGAAAAACCUUACAUUAAUCCUGCGUUUUCUACUGUUGAGGAUCACAGGGACGAGGAUGGGUCGUGUACAGCUACCCAUUACAAGGACAUUCAGUCCUCAGGGAGGGAGAAUUGUCGGGCAUCUGUCCGUACCAACAGUUUGAAG